CAUCCGGGAACUACUACGAACUCGCUCUCCAACAUGGCGGCGUCAGCUAAGAAGAAGAAUAAGAAGGGGAAGACCCUCACUUUGACUGACUUUCUUGCGGAGGACAGUGGAGGCAGCAGCGUCGCCCCCAGCUAUCCAACCAAGUCCACAAGCUGGGCGGAUGAGACUGAUGACCUGGACGGAGAUGUCUCGACUUCCUGGCACACGGAGGAGGACACGUACAGGGCACCACCCAUCGACCGCUCCAUUCUGCCCACAGCGCCUCGCUCAGCUCGCGAGCCCAAUAUUGACCGGGCAAGGCUCCCCCGCAGCCCGCCAUACACCGCCUUCCUGGGAAACCUGCCCUAUGAUGUCACUGAGGACUCAAUCAAAGACUUCUUCCGCGGCUUGGCAAUCAGUGCAGUGCGUCUGCCUCGAGAGCCCAGUAACCCAGAGAGGCUGAAAGGCUUUGGUUAUGCUGAAUUUGACGACGUAGAAUCCCUCCUCAGGGCUCUCAGCCUCAGCGAGGAAAACCUGGGCAACCGCCGGAUUCGUGUGGAUAUUGCAGACCAGUCAAAUGAUAAAGAAAGAGACAGCGGACUUAUGGGUGGUCGAGACCGAGGUGGGCGAAUGGCUGACAUGGGUCCUGACAAGACAGACAGUGACUGGAGAGCUCGACCAAGUGCGGAUGCUGAUGAUGGACCUCCCAGGAGAGACGAUGCCUUCGGAGACAGAUCACGUGACCGUUACGAGUCUGAUCGUCACAGAGAUGGCCAGCGGUGGGACAGUGAUCGUAAUGAAGGAGGUCGUUACCGGGAUCGCUAUGACAACAGGGACCGCAGAAACAAUGAUGGAGGUUAUGACUCUCGUAGUGGAGGAGGUCGUCGUAACUUUGGUAGUGGUUUCCGCCGUGAUUAUGAUGACAGUCAGGGUAGCAAUGAUCGCUACGGGGACCGGGAUCGUUACGGAGAUCGAGAUCGUUACGGGGACCGGGAUCGCUAUGGGGACAGGGAUCGUUACGGAGACCGGGAUCGUUAUGGAGAUCGAGAUCGUUACGGAGAACGGGAUCGUUACGGGGACCGUGAAGACCGGCACGACAGGCGUGAAGAGAGAGCUCCUCAGCAGAGACCCAAGUUGAACCUGAAGCCUCGUAGUGUACCUAAAGAGGAGGAAAGCGCCGGCAGUGGUGGCACUUCACCUGCUGCCACUUCAAGCUCCAGCAGCAGGGCCUCGUCCAUCUUUGGCGGAGCAAAACCCGUUGACACAGCAGCAAAGGAGAGGGAGGUGGAGGAGAGGCUGAAGAAGGAGGAGGAGAGACUGCAGAGGCAGCUGGAGGAGGACAAAGGCAGGGGACCGGACAGAAAGAUGAGGGACAGGGACCCGAGCUGGCGCAACGAGGAAUCUCAUACUGAGCGAUCCCGCACAGGAAGCGAGUCUUCACAGCAAGGAAGCACUUCUGGAAGAGGGUCACGGUGUCGAGAUAGCGAGCGCUCCGGUGAGAAUGAGGUAUUCAGCGGGGUAGAAGGUGGCUCCACUUCCCCUGGGUCCUCAUCCCGGCCCCCCUCCACCAGCUCUUCUAAAGAGCCAUUGAAGGUGAUGCCUGCACCUCCUCCCAAGGAGAAUGCAUGGGCCAAGAGAAGUGCAGCCAGCACAGGCUCUAAUGAGGGCGAUGGUCGAGCUCCGAUCUCCCCGGUCUCCCCAGGCGGUUCAGCUCCUCCCAAGUUCAGCUCCUCAAGUUCUGCAGAUGAAAGAGGAUCUGGAAAGGAUGAGAACAAGGCUGAUGGUGUGCGUCGGGACCGGGGGCCCCCACGAGCACGAGGGGGGCCUGCAGGGCCUGGAGCUGGGCGGGGGCGAGGAGAGGGGCCCAACAGAGACCGAAGGAAGGAGGCAGACAGAAAGGACAACAGAAGAGACCGAGACUCCAGACCACCCCCAGAGCCAAAGAAAUACGAAGAGACCCCAACCCCCAAGUUCAGCUCAGCCAGUAAGUACGCCGCUUUGCUAAUGGAUGGUGACCAAGGAGAAGACGCAGAUGACGCCGAUUAGAGGGAAAACAACGAGAUACAGAGAAAGCGAUGAAUGCAAGAAGAAAAAAAUAAUAAUCUCACAUAGCGUAUGGGAAAAAAAAAUCUCCUCACAUGGAUGUGGCUCCUGGGAAGGGAGGGUGAAUCAUCACCCCUCUCUGUUUUCCUCUUACAAACCUGUCCUUUAAUUUCAAACCAUUCACCCAUCCCUCCUCCCCCUGCUCCACCUUCAGGACUCUUCAGGUUCUAAAGAAUAGUCACAUACUGGACUUGUUUUAAAUGGAACAGAGGAAUACAUGACACAUGAAAACGUGAUGGAUAAGAUUGAAUUAAUUGUAAUAAAUAAAUGGAAAAAGUGGGGAAAAAUGAUUUUUGUAUAUUUGUGGAUCACAGGCGCAUCUAAUGACUGAAGAUGGAGCUUAUAAACGUGUUUUGGUUUUUUUUUCUCUCUCCUUUAUUGACUUUUUAGAAAUGCAAAACAUCAUUACAAGCCCUUCUGUAUACGUUAUUAAAUAAUUUGAUGUUAUAAGAGUAUUUUAAAAAAUAUACAAGUGUACUGCUGAAAUUUGAAAAUCCCGUCUUCCAGUACUCAUUAUCAUGAGCAUUGAGACAAAACCUGCUAAUUUAACGAUUUUUCCAAUCAUGUGAUUCACCAUUCAACAAAUAAGUUGGUCGACGGUGUUAACAAAAGGAUUCCCAAACAUAUUUUUGCAGGAUUUAUAUUUUCACAGUUGCAGGGAAGGAAGGAAGAAAGAAAAAAGCCACCACACAAUUUUAUCUUGAGAAUCAAUUAAGUGCCAUUAUUACAAUCCCCAUCAUUGUACAGAUGUCCCUCUGUUUCUAUACCUUAGAAUUAGACCAGUUAAAUGCUCAUGGUACUCCAGUAUCCAGUCAAGUUAACAGAUCUGUGUAAAUCAUUCAUUGCCCCUGAAGGAGUACUAAUCUACGGAGAAAGGGUGGAUUUGCUUGGGGGGGGGAGUGUUCAUGAGGUUAUAUGAACCUGUCUUCCAAUUUGUAAUAAAUUGGGGUCAUCAUGUGAAAUCAAAAAGUAUGGUUAUUAAAGUUCUAAUGUGGGAAAA